CGUAACUGGUUGUUUGUGUCUGUCAAAAUAAAUGUUAAAUAAUUAUUUUACGUAUAAAUUUACUUGUUUGUUAUUAACUUAUGAGAACAAGUUGUUAGGAUCUAUCAAGAGGUCCAAGUUUGAUGUAAUUAAACAUGUUUUGGCUGAUAGGAACGGUCUUGAUACUGUUUGUAAUAUGGAAAUUAUUAUUCGAAGAAGAACAUCCUUUAGACCGUCUCCCUGGUCCGAAGAGAUGGCCGUUGGUUGGAAGUGCCUUUUUAUCUAUAGGGAUACCUUACGAUGAACUCUUCCCUAGGAUGCUGGAAUUCCCUAAGUUGUAUGGCUACAGAUUUGCCAUGAAGGUAUUCAACCGUCGCAUUCUGCAUGUCUACAAUGUCGAAGAUAUUGAGAUAGUUUUGGCACACUCAAGAAAUAUAACAAAGAACAAGCCCUACGAUUUUCUGAAGCCAUGGCUCGGUGUUGGUCUUCUAAUCAGUACUGGUAGUAAAUGGCAUCGCCGUAGAAAAAUUCUGACACCUACUUUCCAUUUCAACAUUUUAAAGAACUUUAGUAAGGUUUUUGAAGAAAAAAGUCGCAAUUUGGUCCGCAAACUGAAGAAUUUGCCCGAAGGAAAUGUGGAUGUUCUAUCUGUUAUCGGUGAUUUUACACUGAACACGAUUUGCGAGACAGCAAUGGGAACGCAGCUCGACUGUGAUAAAUCUACUUCAGCUCUUCAAUACAAAGAUACAAUUAAAAAGAUAGGAAUACAAGUUAUAAAGAGAUUGAGAAAGUUUUGGUUGUAUUCCGAUCUUUUAUUCUAUCGAACAUCUUUGGGUAAAGAGUUUGCCAGUAACUUGGAUAUAGCUCAUACUUUUGCCGAUAAUGUUAUAUCUGAAAGAAAAAAGAAGAGAACAGAUCAGGAGGAUGGUUCUUUAGAAGAGAAUUUAGAUGAUACAGCUAGAGAAAGUCCCAAAAAAAGACUGGCGUUGUUGGAUUUACUUAUAGAAGCGGAAAAUAAUGGAGAAAUUGAUGUUGAAGGGAUUAAAGAAGAAGUUAAUACCUUUAUGUUUGAGGGUCAUGACACCACAGCUAUGGCUCUCUCUUUCGGUUUAAUGUUGUUAGCAGAUCAUGAGGAUGUACAGGAAAGAAUCUACGAAGAAUGCAAAUUAAUAUUCGGGGAUUCAGAUCGCACGCCGAGCUGGGCUGAUCUGGCCGAGAUGAAGUAUCUUGAGGCCACUAUUAAAGAGAUCCUGCGGCUGUAUCCCAGCGUACCUUUCAUAGGACGUAAUAUCACAGAAGAUUUUAUGCUAGGCGACGUGCUGGUGAAGAAAAACGUGGAGGUGCUGGUCCAUAUCUACGACUUGCACCGGCGGGCCGACAUCUAUCCAGACCCAGAGGCAUUCCAGCCGGAGCGCUUCCUCGACGGACAAGUGCGCCAUCCGUACGCCUUUAUACCCUUCAGCGCGGGACCUAGGAAUUGCAUAGGCCAGAAGUUUGCGAUGCAAGAGAUGAAGUGCGCACUGAGCGAGAUCUGCCGCAACUUCAGACUGCGGGCGCCGGAGCGCGGCGCACGGCCCAAACUCAAGGCGGAUAUCGUGCUCAGACCUGUAGACCCUAUUUAUGUUCAGUUUAUACCUAGGUCUUGUAACAAACAAUAAAUUUUACUGUGGCA